AUGAAUUCGGCAACAAAGGUUGGGGAGAUUUUCACGGCAGCGGGUCAAGCAUUCAGCAGGCUCGGCGAUUUGACAAUGCAAUUACAUCCAAAUGCGGAAUCUCCGUCCGGUAAAUGGACAGACGAGGAAAUCGACAUGUUACACUCGUCCAUAAUGCGCUUCUCGGACGAUCUGAGUAAAAUCAGUCUAAGCAUUAAAAAUCGCACAGUCUCCCAAAUUAGACAAGCUCUAAAGAAGAAGGCGUUCGAGGAUGCUGGUAUACCGGCAAAACAGGUGCCCGUUCAGCAGGUGCAACACGUCAUACAAACAGUUCAGCAAUUGCCCAUUGUCCAGCAACAUCACGUAUUCAAGUCACACAUCAUACAACAACAGCCGCAGCCGCAGCAGCAAACCAAGCAGAUCAUAUUGCAGCCACAGACAACAACGACAACUGUCACUAUCAAACAGUUUCAGCAAAUGCAGCAGCAGAAGGCCGCUGCCCUGGCUGCUGCACAGGCAGCUGCAGCUGCCAAUGCGCCAACCAUCACAGAAAACAUCAUCAUACAGCAACCCACAUCAACGACAGCCGUGGCGGUGCAACAGCCGCAGCAACAGCAGCAGCAACCACACGCAGUCGUGGCAACGUCUGCGACACAACAGAUUAUUGUGCCUGCCGCCACCACAGUAUUGUCGCCAAGUGCAGCAGUUGGCGCCGUUGUGGUUGCCGACGAUGUUGUCAGCACAACAUCCACACCAACAACAGCAACAAAUGCGGGCCUGAAGUGUGGGCCCGAUGUAUCGAUGACCCUUAAUCGGAUCAACGUGCAGGAGAAUGAGGUCGACGUUGAGGAGUGCCUUCCCGCGGAGGUUGUCAAGCUGGACUUUGUCAGCGAGGAGGUGGCAGGGUGAAGUUUGCUCGCAGCCAAUGCUGAAGCAUCGCCCGGCCUGGUCGAGGACUUCUAUUACUAGUAAUAAUGUUAAAACAGCUCCAGAAUUACAUAAAAGUAAAUCCCUUAUAUGGCAGACCACACUGGCCUCAACUGUUAAAUGUUUUCAAAUUUGAUAUACCUUCUAUUUAACUCUGAAAUCGUAAUUUAAUGACGCAUUGUAAAAGUGAAAGCAUAAUGUCUAAACUGCCACGAAAUGUUUAGAUGAGUUUUCUUGUAUGAAAAUGUAACAAUAGAGACAUGUAUUAAAUUGUUUGCUGCACCUAGAUCUAAAUUUAAGAAGAGAUUCAAUAGUGCAAAGUACAUAAAUUUCUUGUAAGUUGAAUGAAAU